CGUAAUGUGGAUUGAGUCAACAGCUAGGACAAAGUGACAUGAAGAUUUGUCAACAAACAUGACAAAGUUGAUACGAUAAAAAGGACCAAGAUAUGGUUUAAGCAUGAAUAGACCAAUUUUAAACAGAUUAAUUGCAACAACUUCCCAAGUCUGUAGGCUUUCUAGCAGAUUCUCUACAAGGAGUACUUGUAAUCAAAAAGAGAAAUGGAGCUACUUCCAGGGUCCUAGUGAAACACCAUUGUUAGGAAUAACUAUUGGCCAGGGAUUGGAACAGAGAUGUGAUUUAAAUCCUGAUAAAGAAGCUAUUAUCUUCUCAACUGGAAAUGUCAGGAAAACAUUCAGACAACUAUUGGAAGAGACAGACCAACUUGCAGCUGGACUAUUAGAGCUUGGCAUUAAAAGAGGAGACAGAGUAGGAAUAUGGGGACCAAACUCUAUAGAAUGGAUCCUGACACAGUAUGCCACGGCUAGGGCUGGAAUAAUACUGGUUAAUAUAAACCCAUUAUACAGACCAGAUGAACUGCAAUAUGCGUUGGAAAAGGUUGGCUGUACAGCUUUGAUAAUGGCUGAAGAGUUCAAAGGUCAGAAUUAUUACGACAAUUUGUUCCAACUGGUGCCUGAAUUAGCCAGGACAGACAAUGAUGGUCACAUUAAAAGUCACUUGUUGCCUGACCUGAAAAGAGUUAUAAUGAUGGGGCAUAAAAAGUACCAAGGAGCACUGAAAUUUUCAGAAGUAAUGGAGGCUGCCACUAGUAAACGUAGAACAGAAAUAUUGGAUUUACAAUCCAAGCUACAAUUUGAUGACCCAAUCAAUAUACAGUUUACAUCUGGAACAACAGGAACACCCAAGGGAGCCACAUUGUCACAUCAUAAUAUUAUGAAUAACAGUUAUUUUACUGGACGCAGACUUGGAUAUCAUGAAAUGGAAACAAGAAUUUGUGUCCCAGUGCCUUUGUACCAUUGUUUUGGUAUGGUGAUAGGAAGUUUACAGAUGGUGACUAAUGGUUCCACAUGUGUAUUCCCAUCCCCAGCAUUUGAGGCAGAAGCUACUCUUCAUUCUGUCAGUAAGGAAAGAUGUACCUCUCUAUAUGGUGUGCCCACCAUGUUUAUAGAUAUGCUGAAUCAUCAUGAUUUUGACCAAUUUGAUUUGAAAUCACUUUACACAGGGGUCAUGGCAGGGUCACCAUGCCCUAUAGAAACAAUGAGACAAGUUAUAAGCCAGAUGAAUAUGCCAAGUGUAACUGUUUGUUAUGGUACAACAGAAAACAGUCCUGUAACAUUUCAGAGUUAUAGGGAUGACGUUUUAGAGAAGAAAGUUUCUACAGUUGGAAGAUCACAUCCUCAUGUUGAGACAAAAAUUGUAGAUGAAAAUGGCAACAUUUUACCAGUUGGUGAAUCAGGAGAGUUGUGUACCAGAGGUUAUAUGACCAUGCUGGAAUACUGGAAUGAUCCUACUAAAACUAAGGAAGUUAUUAAAUCAGAUAGAUGGUACCUUACAGGAGAUAUUGGUGAAAUGGAUGAGGAUGGAUUUUGUAGAAUUGUUGGGCGUAUCAAAGACAUGAUUAUUAGGGGUGGUGAAAAUGUUUAUCCAUUAGAAUUAGAACAGAUUUUAUAUAAGCAUCCUGAUGUUAAAGAUGUACAGGUAGUAGGUAUACCUGAUGACAGACUAGGAGAGGAGAUAUUUGCCUUUAUACAGAUAAAGGAUGGUCAUUCAUGUUCAGAAGAGGAUAUAAAAAAGUAUUGUAAAGAAAAGAUGGCUAGAUAUAAAAUUCCAAAAUUUGUGAGAUUUGUGACAGAAUUUCCUCUUACAGUAACCGGCAAAGUUCAGAAAUUUAAGUUACAGGAAAUAGCUGAACUUGAUGUACAAAGCUGAUGGUUAUGCAUUAAGAUUUAAAAGAAGAACUGUUGAAAGCAUGAAAAAUUAAAUAUAAUAUGUAGAUGAGAAAUUUAUAAUAUUGUGAUUUUUAUUGCCUUAAAUACGUAAGUAUUACAUACAGCUUGAUCAGCGAGAUAAUGUCAGGUUACAGUUACAGGUGUAGAAAACGGUGAAAAAAGUAUGAUGAAAUUCAAAUGUCAAAAACACAACAAAAAAGAAGGAAAAAUGGCUUUUGGUGAUAAAACAUAAUUUAUGCCUUAAAUAGUACGAAAGCUUUGAUGAAAAUAUUUAUUUCUAAAGGUAGCUCAUGCAAUCUAUGCAUCUUGUUUGUUGAAAGCAAUGAUUCACUUUACAAUGUAUUAUUUUAAGUUGUCUCCAUCUUCAAAGUUUAACAUUGCAUUGGUUAUAUGUUGUAAAGGGAAACCUUUAAGAGGAAGCUGAAUUUAAUUAUCUCAGGGUAUGCAAUAACUUCAGUUCAGUUUUUUUUUACAUUUUUGCAUGCAUUAAGCUAACAAACUUUGGGCAUACAACAAAUCUACAAAAACUGCCAAUUAGCUUCAUUUUGAUGUAUAAAUUUACAUAUCAUCAACAUUCUUCCUCCAUAAUAUAUUUUUCUAUAAGAUUUUAAUACAAAGAGGUGCAGUUCAGUAUAGCAGUAAUUCGAACUAUAAGUAUGCCUAAUAAGCAAUUUUUUUAUGAUUAUGCAAAUCUUGACAUGUUUAUGAUGAUAGCACAAGCUUUAUCAUCCAUUCAUAUAGUGUUAAUGAGCUGUUAUGAUAUUUUAAUGCAGCAAUGAAAAGGUUGGACAGUUUUAAGUUUGCAAAUUUAAAUGUUUGUUUUAUUAUUUUAUGUAACUUUAUAUAUAUUCUCAUAAUGUAUUUUUAUUUGGUGUAUCAUUUUAGGUGUCUUUAUUCGGUUUCAACAAUCUAUUUUAUAAAUCUGCUUUUAGGUCUAACAUAUAGCAUUCUUAGACCUACUCCUUUGAACUAAUGCUAUUUCAUUAAACAACACAAUUGUAAUAUGUUAACCAUAUUAACUUUUCUUUAAAAAAAACAUGUCUAGUGAUAACUCAAAAUUGUUCAAUUCCAUCUUAACACAAUAUAUGCUUCCUCAGAGACAAGCUACUAUAAAUUUUGAAAUUGAUUUAAUUGUAGUUCCCAAGAUUUAUGUGCCUUUUUUCAUUUAAUCCCUCAUAAGCUCAUAACAAUCAAACCUCUAGUUAAGGUAACCUUAGGUACUAUUUUUGCCGAGCCUUCGAGAAAUGAAUAUUGAAAAAUAUAAGAAAUGAAUAUUGAAAAAUAUAAGAAAUGAAUAUUGAAAAAUAUAAGAAAUGAAUAUUGAAAAAUAUAAGAAAUGAAUAUUGAAAAAUAUAAGAAAUGAAUAUUGAAAAAUAUGUGACACAGUGGUUAUAAAACAUCUAUUAUCUUUGUUAUAUAGUAUGAUAAUCAAUUUUGAUAACUGGUUUGUUUUUAUGAUUUAUUUGUUGAGGUUUAUACAUAUUGAAAUUUUAUAUUUGAUAUAUUUAUAUAAGCAGAAAAGUAUAUAUAUGUA